GUUUAGCAAGAUAGGAUAACUCUUGUCAAACAUCCGCAAAUAUAAAGUGGAGAUGUUCCAAGUCCAUUACAAAACACACAAGGUGAUCUUUAAUACACAUACAGGACGUGGCCUUGGACAAAACGCAUGAUGGAGCUGAAACUAACUGACCACGAAAACUAUUCUACCAGUGUUCUAGAAUCUUUGAACACUUUCCGGAAAAACGGUGAAUUUUGUGAUGUUAAAAUAUGUGUUGAUACAGACACUCUGCAUGCAUCUAAGGCUGUUUUAGCUACCCACAGUCGGUAUUUUAGGGCAAUGUUUUCUGGAAAUUUCCAAGAAUCGUCCGCGGGCUUUACUGUUGUUAACUUAAGUGGUGUUUUCCAAAGGCUUAAAAAUGUGGAAAUAUGUAUAGACUCUUUAUAUAGAGGAAAGAUUGGUAUUAACAGAGAGAACAUUGUAGAAAUUUUUCAGAUUGCGACUUAUUUGACUUUUGAUGCUAUAACUGAAUGUUGUGUUACAUUUAUUCAGGACAAUCUGAAUGUAGAUAAUGUCAUUUUCUAUUAUAAACUUGUGUUGGAUUUUCACUCGCCAAAACUACAUACCAGAAUAUUAGAAAUAUUAGAAGCACGUUUUCACGACGUGUUCAUAUUUAGAGCUGAAACUUUAGAUCUGUCCCUGGAAGAUCUAGAGAGGCUGUUCUCUCUGAACUUUCAAAAACACUGUACAAAGACCAGCUCUGAUUAUUUCAUGGAAAAAGUGGUUUCUUUGCAUGGUGCUGAUCUCGUUGAUAUGACAAUAGUAAAGAACCAAGGCAGUUCUGAACAUGCUAACACACGUACUAAAGAUCAUCGACAGUGUUUGUUAUUAGCCUCUUCGGAUUUUGAGACUGGCCAAGAAGACUUACCCUCUAAUCUCUUGCUUGCUGUUUAUGAUAUAAGUAACAAGGUUUGGCUGAGUAUUGGUAAAACGGAACUGCCAUUUAUUUUUACACCUGACUGGAAAGCGGUAUUGUUUAAAGAGUGUGUGGUUUUCCUGAACCACAGAGUAACUGUUUGCUUUUCAGUCAACUUGCAGACUUUAAAGUGGAGUACGUUUUACAUAACCAGUAUUACUGAAUCCAUGCAAGGUCCUUUAAAUUGUUUGUUACCCACAGUUCAAGGGGGUAAUAUAUUGAUUUUAGCGGUUUCCAGUCAAUUAAUCUUUACAAGUAACAUGUGGGUGAAGCAAAUGAAAUAUUUCAAACUCACGCCUGAUUUCCGGUCUGUGCUGGUUGCUGAAGUUUCCCGUGAUUACCAUAUUGAUACGUCAACGACAUUAAUGAAUAGUUCUGAUGAAUUCUCUGUGUUCGUCGAAGGAGACUGUGUGUUUUACAAUGGCCAAGAACGAUUUAUGGGUGCUGAAAUUUUUGUAUUUGAUUCGACCACAGAGGAACUGAAAUCCCACAGAGAAACUUUUACCACUCCAUUACCAGCCUUUGUUUUGAUUAAAGAGAAUGCUAGCUUAAUCAGCAAUGUUGACCGCGUCUAUCUCAAAUAUGAUCACACAACAGAAUCAUUGUUGGAAGUGAGUAAGUCAAGUGAUGAGUUAUAUAACUUAGACAAACCUGCUAAUAAUUCUAAUGCCUGUCAGUCCGACUUGGGUAAACCCGUAACACCAGCAAAUCUAGUUUCUUUCAAUUCCUCGAUAUGGAAGAUUGAUAACCCGUCUAAAUAUUGUAAUUCUUUGGUGGAGAAAAGUGUUCAAGAUAAGGCUGAUUUAAAGGUUGACAUUCAUCCUCCGCCACCUUUCAUGAAUUCUGUUUAUUUUAUAGCAGGUCAAAUACCGUGUUCAUGGCUUGAUUCCUUGGACCAGGCGGAGUUUCAGGAGUCAACGGUGGUGUCUGAACUUUAAAUCAAACUAUUAAAUCAAUCCAUUAGUUUUGUACAUUAGUUAUUUAAACUUGUAAAAAUGGAGCCGUGAACUAAAAGUAAAGAUGUAUUGUGGAUUUCCCCAUAUUUGUAGGAUUAGAAAACCAAACUAG